UUCCUCCGCGCCGGAAGAGUGCGUUCCCCCUGAGCUCCGGCUGUUUUCCUCUCAGCGCUCUCUUCCCUAAAGGAACGCUCGUGGAACCUCCGGGGUCUGCCGCUUGAAGCCGUCGGACAGCGCAGAACUUUCGCAGACAAGGAGAUUAGGAACCACACCCGGCUGUCGGCAAAGGGAGGAAGAAGGAAGGCCCUACGACGAGGCGUCGCGUUGCUGCGGAGGGAUUCUGUUUCUGUGGUGGCGGAGGGAUUUGACAGUACGUUAACUUCCGGAAAAGUCCUGACCCAGAGAGGAAAAACCCCGAAGGAAACAAUAACAAACGAGAAGAGGAAGCGAUUGUGGGGUUCCUGUGUUGAGCAGUUCUUGUCCGAGAAGAUGAGCUUUGGCCGCUGUCAGGAGACGUGAGAGGGUUCGGAGGGCUUCAGCCAGUCUUUCUCCACCUGUUCCCCGCCUCCUCCCCACCGGGGGGGCCCUCCGGGUAUUGCCAUGGCUGGCGUGGGGCCGGGGGGCUACGCGGCGGAGUUUGUGCCACCUCCCGAGUGCCCAGUCUUUGAGCCCAGCUGGGAGGAAUUCACGGACCCGCUCAGCUUUAUCGGCCGCAUCCGGCCUCUGGCGGAAAAAACCGGCAUCUGCAAAAUCCGACCGCCCAAGGAUUGGCAACCUCCAUUUGCAUGUGAAGUAAAAAGUUUUCGUUUCACUCCCAGAGUCCAGCGCCUGAAUGAACUUGAGGCAAUGACCAGAGUGAGACUGGACUUCUUGGAUCAAUUAGCAAAAUUUUGGGAACUCCAAGGAUCUACUUUGAAGAUUCCAGUGGUGGAGAGAAAAAUCCUGGAUCUGUAUGCUUUGAGCAAGAUCGUUGCCAGCAAAGGAGGUUUUGAAAUGGUUACAAAAGAGAAGAAAUGGUCUAAAGUGGGUAGUCGCUUGGGAUAUCUGCCAGGAAAAGGAACUGGGUCUCUUUUGAAGUCACAUUAUGAAAGAAUUCUCUACCCAUAUGAACUUUUCCAAUCUGGUGUCAGCCUUAUGGGUAUACAGAUGCCUAAUUUAGAUCUUAAGGAAAAAGUAGAGCCUGAGGUUCUUGGCACUGAUGUCCAAACUUCCCCAGAGCCAGGCACAAGAAUGAACAUUCUGCCGAAGAGAACAAGGCGUGUCAAGUCUCAGUCAGAAUCUGGAGAAGUGAACAGAAACACGGAACUGAAGAAACUUCGAAUUUUUGGGGCUGGGCCUAAGGUCGUGGGCCUGGCAGUGGGAGCAAAAGAUAAAGAAGAUGAGGUCUCCCGAAGACGAAAAGUUACCAACAGGUCAGACGCAUUUAACAUGCAAAUGAGACAACGGAAAGGAACUCUCUCUGUUAACUUUGUUGAUCUCUAUGUUUGUAUGUUUUGUGGUCGGGGAAAUAAUGAAGAUAAAUUGCUUUUGUGUGAUGGAUGUGAUGACAGCUAUCAUACAUUUUGUUUAAUUCCCCCACUACCUGAUGUGCCCAAAGGAGAUUGGAGGUGUCCUAAAUGUGUUGCUGAGGAAUGUAAUAAACCUCGAGAGGCCUUUGGAUUUGAACAAGCUGUACGAGAGUAUACGCUUCAGAGCUUUGGAGAGAUGGCAGAUAAUUUUAAGUCUGAUUAUUUCAAUAUGCCAGUUCAUAUGGUUCCUACAGAACUAGUAGAAAAGGAAUUCUGGCGGUUGGUGAGCAGCAUUGAAGAAGAUGUUAUUGUAGAGUAUGGAGCAGAUAUUUCCUCAAAAGACUUUGGAAGUGGAUUUCCUGUAAAGGAUGGUCGGAGAAAGAUGCUGCCAGAAGAAGAGGUGCAGCAGAUAGUAGAAUAUGCGCUUUCUGGUUGGAAUUUGAAUAAUAUGCCUGUCCUAGAGCAAUCUGUUCUUGCACAUAUUAAUGUAGACAUCUCUGGUAUGAAGGUGCCAUGGCUCUAUGUAGGAAUGUGUUUCUCUUCCUUUUGCUGGCACAUUGAAGAUCACUGGAGUUAUUCAAUCAACUACUUACACUGGGGGGAGCCAAAGACAUGGUAUGGUGUGCCAUCUCAUGCUGCUGAACAGCUGGAGGAGGUGAUGAGGGAGCUGGCCCCUGAGUUGUUUGAGUCCCAGCCUGAUCUCCUGCAUCAGUUAGUCACCAUCAUGAACCCCAAUGUACUGAUGGAGCAUGGUGUGCCUGUGUACAGGACCAAUCAGUGUGCUGGCGAGUUUGUUGUGACAUUUCCUCGUGCCUAUCAUUCUGGAUUUAACCAGGGCUACAACUUUGCUGAAGCUGUGAACUUCUGUACUGCUGACUGGUUGCCCAUUGGACGUCAAUGUGUUAAUCACUACCGACGGCUAAGGCGCCACUGUGUCUUUUCCCAUGAAGAACUCAUUUUCAAGAUGGCAGCAGAUCCGGAAUGCUUAGACGUGGGGCUGGCUGCCAUGGUGUGCAAAGAAUUAACUCUCAUGACUGAAGAAGAGACAAGAUUAAGAGAGUCUGUUGUACAAAUGGGCGUCCUGAUGUCAGAAGAAGAAGUGUUUGAACUUGUUCCUGAUGAUGAGCGACAGUGUUCAGCGUGCAGAACCACGUGUUUUCUCUCUGCUCUCACAUGCUCCUGUAAUCCUGAACGCCUUGUGUGUCUCUACCAUCCAACUGAUCUGUGCCCCUGCCCCAUGCAGAAGAAAUGUCUUAGAUACCGCUACCCAUUAGAGGACCUCCCUUCUCUGCUGUAUGGUGUGAAGGUCAGGGCACAGUCCUAUGACACUUGGGUCAGCCGUGUUACAGAAGCAUUAUCUGCCAACUUCAACCACAAGAAAGAUUUGAUCGAAUUACGAGUAAUGCUGGAAGAUGCUGAGGAUAGGAAAUACCCAGAGAAUGAUCUCUUUAGAAAACUCAGAGAUGCUGUGAAGGAAGCUGAGACUUGCGCCUCUGUGGCUCAGCUGCUUCUGAGCAAAAAGCAGAAGCAUAGGCAGAGCCCAGAUAGUGGGAGAACUCGGACCAAACUGACAGUGGAAGAAUUGAAGGCCUUUGUCCAACAACUUUUUAGUCUUCCAUGUGUCAUCAGCCAAGCUCGACAAGUAAAGAAUCUCCUGGAUGAUGUGGAAGAGUUUCAUGAACGUGCUCAAGAGGCCAUGAUGGAUGAAACCCCGGAUUCUUCCAAACUUCAGAUGUUGAUAGACAUGGGCUCUAGUCUCUAUGUGGAGCUACCUGAAUUAGCCCGACUAAAGCAAGAACUACAGCAGGCUCGAUGGUUGGAUGAAGUAAGACUGACCCUGUCAGAUCCACAACAGGUCACUUUGGAUGUCAUGAAGAAACUGAUAGACUCUGGGGUGGGGUUGGCCCCCCACCAUGCCGUGGAGAAGGCAAUGGCUGAACUACAGGAGCUCCUUACAGUCUCUGAGCGAUGGGAAGAAAAGGCUAAGGUCUGCCUACAGGCAAGACCACGGCACAGUGUGGCAAGUUUAGAAAGCAUAGUUAAUGAAGCCAAAAACAUUCCAGCCUUUCUACCCAAUGUAUUGUCCCUGAAAGAAGCAUUACAAAAAGCUCGAGAAUGGACAGCUAAAGUGGAAGCUAUUCAGAGUGGCAGCAACUAUGCUUACUUAGAGCAGCUGGAGAGCUUAUCUGCUAAAGGGCGACCUAUCCCUGUGCGUCUGGACGCGUUACCCCAGGUAGAAUCACAAGUGGCAGCUGCACGGGCAUGGAGAGAACGGACUGGGAGGACCUUCCUUAAGAAGAAUUCUAGCCAUACCCUGUUGCAGGUGCUGAGUCCCCGGACUGACAUUGGUAUAUAUGGGAGUGGUAAAAACAGGAGGAAAAAAGUAAAAGAACUAAUAGAAAAAGAAAAAGAAAAGGAUCUGGACCUUGAGCCUCUGAGUGAUCUGGAGGAAGGAUUGGAGGAAACCAGAGAUACAGCUAUGGUGGUGGCAGUUUUCAAAGAACGGGAGCAAAAAGAGAUUGAAGCCAUGCAUUCCCUCAGAGCAGCCAACCUAGCCAAGAUGACAAUGGUGGACCGUAUAGAAGAAGUAAAAUUUUGCAUUUGCCGCAAGACAGCCAGUGGGUUUAUGCUACAGUGUGAGCUCUGCAAAGACUGGUUCCAUAACAGCUGUGUUCCCCUUCCUAAAUCAGGUUCCCAGAAAAAAGGGUCUAGCUGGCAGGCUAAAGAAGUAAAAUUCCUUUGCCCUCUUUGUAUGCGGUCUCGAAGGCCGAGGUUAGAGACUAUUCUUUCACUCCUGGUAUCUCUUCAGAAGCUGCCUGUACGUUUGCCUGAAGGAGAGGCCCUGCAGUGUUUGACAGAACGAGCUAUGAGUUGGCAAGAUAGAGCACGGCAGGCCCUAGCCACAGAUGAACUGUCCUCUGCCCUAGCCAAACUGUCUGUGUUGAGCCAGCGCAUGGUGGAGCAGGCAGCUCGAGAAAAGACUGAAAAGAUCAUCAGUGCAGAACUCCAAAAAGCAGCUGCUAAUCCAGACUUACAGGGACACUUACCUAGUUUCCAGCAGUCUGCUUUUAACCGGGUGGUGAGCAGUGUAUCUUCUUCCCCUCGACAAACAAUGGACUAUGAUGAUGAAGAAACAGAUUCUGAUGAAGAUAUCCGGGAGACAUAUGGCUAUGACAUGAAGGACACAGCCAGUGUGAAGUCCUCCAGUAGUCUGGAGCCCAAUCUGUUUUGUGAUGAAGAAAUUCCCAUCAAGUCUGAAGAGGUGGUCACUCACAUGUGGACAGCACCUUCAUUCUGUGCGGAACAUGCUUAUUCUUCAGCUUCUAAGAGUUGUUCUCAAGGUUCUAGCACCCCAAGGAAACAACCUCGGAAGAGCCCUUUGGUGCCCCGAAGUUUGGAACCUCCAGUAUUAGAGUUGUCACCUGGAGCUAAAGCCCAGCUGGAAGAACUUAUGAUGGUUGGAGAUCUCCUAGAAGUAUCUCUGGAUGAGACUCAACACAUUUGGCGGAUUUUGCAGGCCACACACCCACCCUCUGAAGACAGAUUCCUGCAUAUCAUGGAGGAUGACAGCAUGGAAGAGAAACCAUUAAAAAUAAAAGGAAAAGACUCUUCAGAGAAGAAACGGAAACGGAAGUUAGAAAAAGUAGAACAACUUUUUGGAGAAGGAAAACAGAAGUCCAAGGAGUUAAAGAAAAUGGAUAAACCUAAAAAGAAGAAAUUAAAACUAAGUGCAGAAAAAUCAAAGGAGCUGAAUAAACUGGCCAAGAAAUUGGCAAAGGAAGAAGAGAGAAAGAAAAAGAAGGAGAAGGCUGCUGCAGCCAAAGUUGACCUUGUGAAAGAGACUACUGAGAAGAAGAGAGAGAAAAAGGUGCUGGACAUCCCCUCAAAGUACGACUGGUCUGGAGCAGAGGAGUCUGAUGACGAAAAUGCCGUGUGUGCCGCGCAGAACUGCCAGCGGCCCUGCAAGGACAAGGUAGACUGGGUACAAUGUGAUGGUGGCUGUGAUGAGUGGUUUCAUCAAGUUUGUGUGGGUGUAUCUCCAGAAAUGGCUGAAAAUGAAGAUUACAUCUGUAUAAACUGUGCAAAGAAGCAAGGGCCAGAUAGCCCAGGUCAAGCACCACCUCCUUCCUACAUAAUGAGCUACAAACUACCAAUGGAGGAUCUUAAGGAGAACAGUUAGCAGUUGCUGGGUUAGUCUGGGACAUGGGGAGAAAUGGACCACGUUGAGACCUUAGUCAUCAAGUAGAGUGGUUUAGAUCCACUCAGAAUGUUGCUUCCAAAGACGAAUGGCCUUCAGAGAAAGUCCUCUGAGCUGACUUCCUCUUUGCAUGGUCUGUGUGAUCUACAUUCUCUUCAACACAUCUAUGCAGAGGGUGUCUUUGGUACAGCAGCCAAUAUUUCAAUUUGUCUCCUCUGAGUAUGGUUUGUUACUUUACAGCCAGACAUGUGAUUGAGCUCUAGAAUGCUGGUUGGCAUUAAUAUACUGGGAUGCUAUCAGGGCGUGUAGGAUGUGGCUCAUGGCCAGUUGGUAUUAGUUAGUGGAGUACAACCUAGCAGCAGCACCAUCUGGAGGUGCCGAUGACUUGGCUCUCCUUAGGACAGUUGGAGAGGAGUGAGAGUACCACUCCCCUUCUGCUGUUACCUGGCAUAUAAUGCCCUACAGAUACAACGAUGGGAGCAACAGGGCCAGAGUUAACUCCUGUUAAUCAUGGGAUAGUAGCCAGCCAGAGUCUAGAUCCAAGCUUGUUCAUACCAAGAAGAAAACCCUAAGUGAGAGGCAGAUCCCCUUAUCUUCCCAAGGAGAGGAGUAUGUCUUCUAGUUCAGAAAUCUGACUAGAUUGGAUUCUGGAAAGAAGAGCUUUUCUCAUUUCAAGUCAAGGAGCCCUUUUUUGGCUUUGAGAAGUCUUGCUGUCUUGGGUCUGCAUUUUAGAGACGAGCAGGUACAUGGAUCCAGGCUCCUGCUAAAGAAGAGAAGACAAGUCAGAAGGUUUUACUGAGACACAGUGAUGCAUGCUUUUCGGGGAAACCUUCAUUCACAAGUACCAGAUACCACCAGGCUUCAGGCAUGGCCAUGAGCAAGACCAGCAAAUAACAGCUUUUUGCCUUGCAGCCCUGACCCCAAUGUCUGCUAUUUCCAACACUGGCAAUUUCUGAUUGUGGCCCACAGCAGAUGCUGUUGAAUAACACCAUGGCUUCAUCAGAGAAUGUGGGGUUGUAGCACCUCUGGGUGAUAAAGUUGUUUUAGUAAAUCCAUUUUUAAAAAAAGAAAAAAGGACUUGUUUUUACUUUUUUCUAAAUGUCUCUGACUACUGACUGUUCUAUAAAUAGAUUAUUUUUCCUUUUUUAAUACACAUAUAUGAAUAUAUAAAUAUAUAUAUUUACUGUUACCAGCAGCAUAUGACAGAGUUUCAGCAUCAAAAAUCCAUUUGGGGGCUUGCUUUCUCUUUUUUGCUUUUCAAUAAAGAAAUCCCAUUCCUUCCUUGUAGUACAAGGAGUUAGCACUUCCUUAUCCGUCCUAACCUGACCAGAUUUUCCAUGUUGUUUUGUUCAAAUAGAUUACAUUUCCUUUGUGUGUUAGAACUUGUCCCUAUCUGUUGGGAAACUUGGUCCUACUAUUUCUGUGGUGGCUGUUUUGUUUUGUUUUUGUAUGUGAAUGUUUGAAACUAUGGUGCUGUGUUCUCUUUCCUCCUGUUGUGUUCUCUAUUCUUGUUAAGGUGUUAGGUAAGCUGUAUGGAAAUGUUUAUUAGAAGGGGACUCAUCUUUUUUUAAAGGACAAAAAAAAAAAAAAAAAGAAAAAAGAAAAACCCUAAAAGAA